CGGCGCUGCCCCCUCCCGCUCGCGCUGCCCCCCGCGGAGCGCGCAGGCUGGGGGCGGGGAGCUGCAGGCGGGCGGGGAGCGGGCGCCGCGGCGGCGGGUGCAGCGGGGCCGGGGACGCCGCUCGCCGGGCUCCGGCGGCUGGUGGCAGCGCGGUCCCCGCCGCCCGGCCCCAUGGCCGCGCCGCGCCCGGGCGGCGCCGUGGCGGAGGAGCCCGAGGCCGGCAGCCCCGCGCCGGGGCGGCAGGAGGCCGUCGGGGCGGGCGCGGAGCAGGCGGGGGCCGGCCCGGUGCGGAUCCGGGUGGCCAUCGAGGCGGCAGAGGAGGAGGAGGAGCAGGAGGAGGAGGGCGACGGCGCGGCCCUGGCCCUGGCCCUGGCCCCGACGCCGGGCUCCCUGGGCGGCGGCAGCUGCAGCGAGGACGACUCGGGCAGACACGGGAAGUCGAGUGGAGGUGAGAAUGAUGAAGAUUUUGACCAGGACUGGAAGCCUCCAGAAAAUGACCUCAUCCAGAAGUUAAUAGAACAAAUUGAAUAUUACUUUUCAGAUGAGAACCUUGAGAAAGAUGCCUUCCUCUUAAAACACGUGAGAAGAAAUAAGAUGGGCUAUGUCAGUGUUAAGCUACUUACUUCUUUCAAAAAGGUAAAACACCUUACCCGUGACUGGAGAACCACAGCUCAUGCCUUGAAGUAUUCCAGUAUACUGGAGCUGAAUGAAGACAAUAAAAAAGUGAGAAGAAAUACCCCAGUUCCAGUGUUUCCCAGUGAGAACCUUCCUACCAGGAUGCUGCUUGUGUAUGAUAUGCACUUGAUUUCUGAGCUACCAGCUCUGAACAAAGAGCAAGAAAAUGGCUGCAUGCAAGAAAAGAUCAUGGAGCAUCUUCUCAAGGCCUUUGUAAUAUUUGGUGUCAUCUCAUCUGUUCGUAUUCUCAAGCCUGGGAGGGAUCUGCCACCUGACAUUAAACGAUUCAGCAGUCGAUACACCCAAGUUGGAACACAGGAAUGUGCAAUAGUAGAAUUUGAAGAAGUUGAUGCUGCAAUAAAAGCUCAUGAGUCCAUGUCAAUUGAAAAGAAUGAAGAAGCUGGCAUGAAGGUUGUCUUGAUAGGAAUGAAGCCACCAAAGAAAAAAGUUUUAAAAGAUAAAAACCGUGAUGAUGAUCCCAGCAAGGGUCUUAAUAAAAUUAAAUCCCUGAAUAAGAGAGUUGAGGAACUUCAGUAUGUUGGUGAUGAAUCUUCAGCAAACAGUUCUUCAGAUCCAGAGAGUAACCCUGCAUCUCCAUUGUCUGGACGCAAGAGUGAUGCUAUGAGCAAGUUGAGCCCCCCCAUGUAUCAAAACAACCAUCUCAGCCCUAAUGUGUCACCUCGGUCAAGCCCCUGGAACAGCCCAUCCUUACUGCGCAAAGUGUCCAGGAAGUCUCCACUGGCUGAAGAGGGCAAACUCAACCCUACCACUAGUCCUGAAAUCCCAAGGAAGUAUGCAGAUUAUUCUUCAGAUAGCAGUAUCACCCCUUCUAGUAGCCCCUGGGUACAAAGGAGAAGACUAGCUCAAACUGCAACACAGGAAAAAAGUCCAGUAGGUAGCCCUAUGCUAGCCCGGAAAAUACAAAAUGCAGGUGGGCUACCUGUGGGAGUGCUGAGGUUACCCAAAGGUCCUGAUGGUACCAAGGGAUUCCAUAAUGGAUGUGAAAGGAAUAAACCUAAGAAGAAUGAGUAAACUUAGAGUGUAUAUACAUUUAUUUUAUUUUUUUUAAACCAGUUUCCCAAAUCCAUUUUUAUUCAAGUCUGGUGAAGACUGUCAUUUGAAUGACUGAAUUAAGUCAGUAUUUAAUUUUUAAAGGGUUUGUAUUCAUGUAUAGACUUAUCAUUUGUAUUUUUGUAUUUGCACUUAAUCUGCAUUAUUUUUAUACUUUUGUUUUUUAGUUUCAAAUGCCUUAACAUUGGAACAUAGUACUUUUUUAUGCCAGGUACUUAAAAUGAUUAAUGUAACUGCAUUAAUUGAUAAAGAUAUGCUUCUGCACACACAGCAAUGUGUAAAUAUGAUAUAGAGUAUUUAGCCAUUGUAUUUUCCUAAGAUAUGGUACUUUAUCAUUCUGUUCAUUUAAGACCUGUUGAAGGAUUGAAGACUUCCUGUUUUUCUAUAUUGAAGGGAACUCUAAAAGUAUGUUUUGUUAUGUCAGACAUUUUGCUACUUGCCAAACCUUCCAAGACCUGGUUAUACGUUUUGGUUCCAAUAUAUAAUAUUUUCUGUGAUGUGAAUAAAAUGCUAAGCAUUAAAAUGUUUUCAUGGGUUUAACUCCAAUGUCAAGUAAUCAAAUGGAAGGUUCUAAACGGUUUUUGUAUAGUCUUUUCUUUUAGUAUGAAAUCGUCCUUUUUCUGGAACUUAUCAGUAUCUGUCUAACCCUGAAGGCUUAGGUCAUGCAUUACUUGUUCUCCCUGUCUUUUGGAAUCAGUUGUGGUUUAUUUUAAAUGGCAAAACUGAUUCUGCGUUUCAAAAACUGUCAGGCAGCUUUUUGUUGAAAAAUAUGCAUGGCAGUAAAUGUGAUUUUUUUUUUUUUUUUUUUUUGAGGGUGGGGGAGAGGGGGAAGCUAAGGAGAGGGAUCAGACCGAAAUCAUGUCUGACUUGACAGUAGUGCAGGAGGAGCCCAGGAUUAGUUGAUUGUUGGCUGGCUCCCAGAACCCACUACGGCCAAUUCAGGCUCCACUGCAGUUCCUGGAACCAGCCAACAACCUGGUGGUUGGUUGGACCGUGAUACAGUUCCUGCCAGCUGACAGUCAGCUGACUGUUGGUUGGCAGGGACCACGCUGAGGCCAACUGGAGACUUCAAUGCAGUCCAUCCUGUCUCAUCUUCAUUUUAAGGCACAGCAGAAAUCAGCCACUCAACUAUUACACUUUGUGUGCAUGUCUGUAAUUUUUGUGGCUGGCUUUGUGUUUUGUUGCACCAUUUAACACCCUGAAUGUGUGGCCAGGUUGUGCUUUGAUUCAGUUAACUGGUUAAUUGCAUCUUAUGUGUGUAAUGUCUGCCAGAGGCCUAACACCAGUAGAAUAAAGUAACAUUUCUUGAGUUGCACUUGUUUUAGAGCAACUCAACAAGAGGAAAAUCACUCCAGCUGUCCUUGUGAUGUUUUGUUACUUAAGUGUUGUUUUGGGUUUUUUUGGUAACUCAAUUUGUAUGGUACAAUAAGAGAUGCUUUGAUUUUUUUUUUUUUUAAGAAAAAGCCUGUCAAAUGCUUCACUAAUCUAGACAAAAAAAAACAAGCUGCAUCUUAUGCACCUAGGUACCUGUGCUGCAUGAUUCUCUCAAAUUUGAGUAACAUCUUUUAAAAUGUGACAUUACCCCCCACUUCUUUCCUCCUCUUCCCCCCUCCCCUUUCCUUGACAGGAGUAGCAAAUCGGACAGGAAAUAGAAAAUCUUUUCUGAAGGCAUCAUAAUCAUAGUGGAGCUCAGCACAUGCAUUAAUUACACAGGGAGGGUACCAAGCUCUCUCUUGCUUGAAUGAUGGGUUGGAAAGUAACAGUAUUUAAAUACAUAAUCUGUCACUGUCAGAGGACAGAUAGCUACGCUACAAUGGAGGAAGCCUAGUGUAGGUUACAAAAUGCUUUUGAUAACCUUCUAAAGAGGAUUAUGGUAGGGGAUUUUUUUUAAAUCCUAAAGCCCUAUUGAUUUAAAACAGAAACUGUAAAAAUGGAAGGAAAAAGUGCAAAGUAAAUCAAACAAUAAAGAGAUGAGCAAGCACCACUAUACUCCUAGAAAUAGAUUAGUGAUUUGCCAAUAAUGCAAUUGCCUGUAUUUUUACAGGGGUUCAGACAUAACAUGUUAAAACAAAUGUAUUGAAAUUUCAAUUAUUCUGUUACUUUAAACGACUAUUGCAGGAUGGUGACACUUAAAGUACUACUAGAUGGCUUCACUCUAAGUACUACUAGAUUUUAGUGUUCAGGAAGCAACAAUCUUAACAAUAUCAAGAGUGUCUAUCACUAAAACAGUUUUAUACUGUGUUUCCAGUUACAUGAGUGAUGUUAGCCUCAGUAUUGCCCCCUAAUCUAGUAGUAUUUAGAAUCAGCAGCAGGUGUCCAGCUACUAGUGUAAUCUCACUAAUUAAUAUUAGAACUGCAUCUGUUUUAAUAAAACAGCCCAAAGGUAUGAGGAAAAUGGAUGAUGUAUUAAUGCAAAUAAUGCAUUAAUUUUCUCGCAUCCCAAACAGGUCUUUAAAGACGAUUAGAUACCUUUCAAGUGUAUUGCAACUCAAAUAACUUAAAUAAAUGCAACUACAACCAAAGCAGUAGGCCUUGAAAAUGAAUGAAGGAAAGGGGAUUAGGUUUUACAGGAAAAGAAACUACAGGUGGUGUCUUCUUUUAAAUACCUUGGAAUAUAUCUUAGCAAAAAUCUGAGCUGGAAUAAAGACCUUGAAAAUGGAAAUGUUAGAGCAAAACAAGCUGUGAGUGGAGUUUAAUCUUUCUACAAUAUGGUGGGCUGAUGAGUGUUUCUGGAAGCACUAUGGGGCUGUAAAUCCAUUUUGUUGUACAGAGCAGAACUCUGGGGUGCCGACCCUAUUGUCUACCUGACAACUGAAAAUAUUUCUAAUUACUUUUUAAUCGAGGUGCACCAGUACAUCUGUCCAUAUCGUAUUGGCACCAAUAAAAGGAAAAUUGACAUUGUCACCAAUCGUCUUUUUUUGGCUGAUGUGGCCAGUAAUGUCACUGAUAAAGGCCACGUGCAUGUGUGGCCAGGAGUACAGCCUGGCAACUUGGGACCGUAGUGUCUGGCCAGUAAGUCUGUGCAGCGGGGGAAAGAGGGCAGAUCAAGGCCCCCACAGUGAGGGAGGGAGUGGGGCUGGGGCAGGUGCAGGUGCUGCCCAGCCGGAACUGAGCCUGGGGAGGGGGGUAGGGUGGCUCCAGGCACUGUGUGCACCCCUGAGGAGGGACAGAGGGCAUGUUCCCCCUGGAUUUUUGCACGGGGCAAGGGUGGGCUGCUGCUGAGGGCUCAGGGCCAGGGGCUGCACCAAGCUCUUCCCAGCAGCUGCGCUUGGGGCAGGUGGCAGCAGCACUGGGAAAGGGGCUGUGGGGGUGGGGGGGCUACAGUCACCCUGAAAUUCACCAUAGGUCUCCUCCCCCCCCCCCCAGCGCCACUGCCACCUGCCCCACCCACCCCAGACCAAGCACAGCCACCGGGAAGAGCCCAGUGUAGCCCCUGGCCCUGACCCCAUACAGCAGUGGCCCAGCCUCACCCCCAUGCACAGAUCCAGGGGGCACAUGCCAUACACCCCCCUCCUCCCCACACCCCCCAGCUGAGCUGCCUGCUCCUGUCCCAUGCCCUGCCCUGCCCCCAGCUUGGCAGCAGCAGCCCCAGCCACAGUCCCACUCACUCACUGCAGGGCCUCCAUCUGCACCCCCCGCCACGCCCCUUACCUCCCCCACACUCCUUCCCCCCAAUAGGGUUACUGGCCGGAUGCUGCUCUCCAAGCUGCCGGGCAGCAUAUCGGCAAUCAGAUCGGUAUCGGCCAAUAUGGCUGCUCAAUAACCGGCCAUCAGUAUCAGCCCAAAAAAUCUUUAUUGGUGUACCCCACUUUUUAAGGCAGCUUUUAUCUACCUAAUUCUACAACAGGGGAGCUCAUGCACUCUGAAAUCAGACUGAUAAAUAUGAGCACUUUAUCCCAAGUAAGAACCCUAAAUUACUGGAUGAAAGAUAGGUCUUUUACACCUACCAGAUACCGCAAGCAGUGCAUUUAAGAAGCCUCUGCCAAAUAAAUCCUGGUUUAGAUGGCUAAAGAAAAUCUAUUCUCUCCUUCAGAUAAAUGGCCUGAGCAAUGUACUGAGUAACUGACUCAAUAUUUCCAUUGUAUUUAAAACAUGACAUAAAUUUAAGAAUUAAGGAUGCCAGUAUGCAAACAGACAUGCUGGCAGUGAGACUGUCUCAAACUUCCCCUUUUUUAAAGAUUAAUAAAACAUUCCUUUGGCCCAGAAACUUAUCAGUCUGUGGUACAAAGCUUCAAACAGUGGGAGGCCAUCACUACAUUGAGAUUUAUGCUAAAGAAAUCUGCAGUUGUUAUGGGCAGGUGGUGUUGGAUUCUAUAUUCAGUAGAAUAUGCUCUUGUGGGAAGAAUGAGAUUGAUGACUUAAAUAAUGAUUUGUGGUCUUGUAUGUUCUCUGAAGAAAUAAGAGGGAAAUUAACUCCAAUGGAAAAAACUAAAUCUUGGGCUAAUGAGGAAAAAAUCUGGCUUUCUUCAGAACUUGUCUGGUGUAUUUGCACUACUUUCACAAAGAAUAAGGGCCAAAAUCAAAUGGAAUUUUCCUGUUCUGUUUUAUUGUUAAUUGCUUCAUUUUACCUCCUUUUUUUAGCUCAUUAUUAUGUUCUAUGUUAGUUUUGUGUAAACUGGUAGAGUGGGUAAUCUUAUUGUAUGAUUUUAGUAAAAAUUAUGAUUUGUAAAAUUGC